GUGAUGUCUUUGUUGCUGGGUAUCGAUGCUGAUAUAUUCACGUAGCGUGGCAAGUGUAUAUAUGUCAGAUUUGUCCAUCAGAUUCGUUCAUUUUGGGGUGACUUCCCCUCAAGCUUUGUAAACAUCCUCCCCCCAUCUCCAGAAGACGUCAGUCGUUUCCACAUCUUCCUGUCUGGGCUUGACAAGUGGUCCUUUUUGAAUGCUGCUCCCUGCCUCCGAAAGGGGAGGGCAUCUCUGUACAGAAGACUUAAAUAGGGAUUCCUACAUGACGAGCACAUUGUACGUUGCAUGGAAGGCAUUCCACAGCUACCAAAGGCUUUGGCGCAUCAGGAGAGCUGAGCAUGAAGGGACUCCACCGGGGGACGGCCACUGCCCUGGCCUUGCUGCUCUCUGCCUGUUUCAUCACUUUUUCCAGGACUGCUCCUCAGGAUCACUUCCAAAGAAGAAACUGGACUCCACAAGCAAUGCUCUAUUUAAAGGGUGCACAAGGCCGUCGGUUCAUCUCAGAGGAAAGCCAGAGGAAGGAUCUGUACGACAGGCUGCAGCUAGAAACACGGAGCCAAAACACAAACCCUCUGACCCUUCCUGAAGCUGUGGCGUUGUUUCUGUCCUCCUUGCAAAAAGCGCAUGAGGAAGCAGGUGAAGAGGAUGCUGAAGAGAAGCCUGGCUAUGUUGCUGAUGGGCUGCUGAACUGGUGAAAGGUGUUUGAGCUUAGAUGGAAACGUCCUGUUGCAUGUACUUAAAAAAAGAAAAAAAGAAAAUAUCUUCCACAGAAGAAGAAGAAAACUCAACUUUUCCCAUUCAUCUCAUCCGCCUGCCUGGCCUCAGCUGCCCUCUGAAUCUCCCUGUGGCACAAAUGCUAAACAAUUAAAGGGCAGUUUCCAGCUUACAAACCUGUUUUUACAUGCAUUUGUUAUUAUAAUGUUCAGCUCAUACUAUAUAUAUAUCAUGGGCCUUCUGUAUGCGUCGUGUAUUUCCUCCCCUAUCUCCACCCUUUGGUUUUGCAAAUAUCUGAAGGAUAAAAGCUGAAAAUGACUUGGUCACGCGUGUCUAGUUAAGUAAGACACGGAAACGGAAGUGAUGAAAGCUGGAUAUUUGUAAAAAAAAAAAAGUAUUUCAUCCUUAGGGGUCAGUUGCCCAGUUAACUCUUUAUUUCCUCUCCAGUAGUUGCCAAUUUUGGAUGGUGCAGGCUUGUGUCUACACGGCAUGUGUAGGCUUGGUUUAUACAAAUUCAAUUGCCAUGGCGUCUCCCAAAGUGGGAAAUGUGGUUUGGUGCGUGUGCUGAGUGUUCUCUGUUAGAGAUCCCUUGCCCGUCUUACAAAACUACAGUUCCCAAGGUUCUCUGGGCUGAGAGAAUGACUGUUAAACCAAAUAAAGCCCUCAAGUGUAGGAAUAUGUGUGUUUGUGUCUCUGUGUGUAGACACAAACACACACACAUCACCACAGCAUUGACCUUACAGGGUGUAUAUCUGUGCUGUGGAUUCUGGAGUAGGUUAGGUUAAGCAAAAACAAGUCCUUUUUCACACCAAUGCAUAAUCAGCUUGUGGAACUCAUGGCCACAAGAGCCCCCUGCAGAUGCUCCCCCAUGAAUUCAAUGAAGUUAUCAAGAUCUUACCUGCUAAACAUGUCCCCCCGCCCCAGUAGCUGCACAUCAAGUGGUAAUGUGAAGGGAUCUUAUGCACGUACAGAUCUAUGUGAGCAGAACGUGGGAAGCACUGAGUGGAUUCAGAUAACUCUGAUGCAUGAGGAAGUGGUCAAGUGGUUUCCCUUCUUGUCCAUCCUUGCAGGUUAUGGGUUUGGCAAAGAGUUCAGAGACUUUUAAAAUAUUUUGGAUGCAUCAGUGCACACUCCCUCCCUUCCUUGCUGAUUUUAAGUCUCAUCCACUUGCUGUGGAUACGAUGCAUUGAAACUUGUGUUUAGCCUGUAGUUGUUCCGCACGAUUGAUGCUUCCUCCAUAUUUCUGGGUUUCUGUUUUGCAUUUUGUUACUCCUCAGUUCAGUAAGCUUUUCAGCGCUAUUAUGGAAUACAUCCAUUCCAGCUAAACUGUAACCUACUCCUUCAGACCGGGGCGGGGGGAGAAUCAAUAUUGCACCUAAUUAUUAUUAUUAUUGCAUCUGUACUGAAGAAUCAUUUAAUAAAAAUUUGGAAACAA